AUGAUGCUGCGCAUGACGACCCCUGCGAACGGCCUGCGCCACGACAGGCAUGGCGCGCACAUCACCGUGACCUGGCGGGACCUCGCUGGCGUCGCGGUGGCGCUGUCGCACUGGAGGCAGAAGUCUCAGUCCGUGAUGAACUUCAUGAUUCUGCUGACCCAUCAGGCGGCGGAUUGGGUGGCCAAGGGGGACCUGACGUCGCAGCAGAUGCUCAACAUCGCGCAGUCCGCCGCCCGGCUGCACGUGCCGCCAGAGGACAUGCAGAGGCUGGUCGACGCCAUCGAGUCCUGCAUCGUGACGCGCGGGCUCCGGCUCAACGACGUGGACAAGCGGCAGUGGGGGGAGGUGCAGCAGUGGUGCCCGCCGCAGAGGCAGGGAGGCAUCGCCAGCUACGCUUACGGCGAGGAGAUGCAGUACGACGCUUGGGGCCACUACGCCGCGCAGCAGCCGUGGGACAAGCAGGCGUGGUCGCCGGAGCACGGCGCCGCUGCGUGGGCGCGCGGCGGCGGCCACAAUUGGUACGGG